GCCAACUAAACAUGGCGAGCCCUCAUUCAGAAUCUUUCUACUGCAUUCCAACGGCAAGUCUGAAUACGACUGAACGUUAUUGGUAUGCUGCAGUCAGUCUCGUGUCUGCCAGUCUCAGCUUGUUUGGAAGUAUGUACAUGCUGCGUACGUUUUACAAGUAUUUGAAAGUGCGUACAGGAAGUGGUAGACACCGUUUGUCGCCAAAUCCUGAUAUUCUAUUCUACUUGGCGCUGGCUGAUUUUAUUGCUUGUGUGGGUGUCAUUUCUCGAUCUGUAGCUCUAGUGGUUAUCAAGCAUCCCAAAAACCGCUCUGAACCUGAACAUGGUAAUGGCAGUAGCACUGGUUUUUGCAGCGCCUCACACCCAUCUAGUUGUAUACCGUACUCAAAGUACUACCUCUACUAUGGAGUUCCGAUUGAAGCUAUUCUGCGAUUUGGAUACAUUGCAACAUUUAUGUGGACCUUGUUCUAUGCAGUUGACAGUUUGCUCAAACUCAAAAAGAAAGGCAUCAGCUCGACAGUUUACCACGCCAUCACGUGGACUUUGAGUGGACUGUUGGCUGGAAGCAAUAUUAUGGUUGUGCUUGUGAAAGUUGGAGUGCCCUGUGCUGGAGAAGACCGAUUGAUUGGGUCAUACUUCCUUAUGUAUUCGCCACUUUUAGUGGUUAUGGUUGUCAACCCUUUCUUGUACAUGUGGACAACAGGUGCCCUCAAAAGGAAACUGCUGAGAACAGGCAGGUAUUCCACAGAAGAGAGACAGAAGGUGAAGGCAGCAAAAUGUAUGUUUAUUGUCUACGUUAUCAUCUUUUACAUUUGUUGGCUCCCAAGCAUCGCUAAUCUCAUUGCUGCUUUAAUCACUCACUUUGCAAAAGCAUCUAGAGUGCCGCUUCCCAUAUGGAUCGCCAAUGGAAUAUGUAAUCCCCUUCAGGGUUUUUUAAACAGCUUGUCAUAUGGCCACAUUGUUCAAAGAGCAGAAAGAAAGAUACAACAGCAGAAAUCUGCCUCAAAUUUAAGAAAUGACAGGUCAUCAGCUGCAUUGAAAACUGAAGAUGACUUCAACUCCGAAACCUACUUCUCAGAAUCUCUGGACAGGAGUUCAUUGGAGGCAACUGAGACAAAAGAACAGAAAUCUCGAGAAAGGCAACCUCUUCUGCAACAGCAGCAGCAGCAGCAGCAGCAGCAGCAGCAGCAGCAGCAGCAGCAGCAGCAACAGCAGCAGCAGCAGCAGCAGCAGCAGCAGCAGCAGCAGCAGCAGCAGCAGCAACAGCAGCAGCAGCAACAGCAGAGUCUUUGAAUUUUCGAAGCUGCAUUCACUGCACAUAUGUGGAUGUACUUGUACCUAGGGCAUUGUGACUGUUCAUAGGCUUGCAACUGGCUAUUAUAGAUUUUAUGAUGUAUGCUAGCUACAUGUAGUAAUAUGUCGUGUUUAUGUGCACUCACUUGGUAAAACACUGAAAUUAAAAGCAAGCUACUUAGAAGCUGCUACAUUUUAUUACAGAUUUGUGUAGUUCUUAGUAUAAAUUUGUGCUGCAAUCAUGAAUGGUUUGUAUGCAACAAGUGUCUCAAACUAGUACGUUGAAGUCCAAAUUGAUUAAAAGUAGUGUAACAAA